AUGCAAACAAGAGAGGAAAUGUGCGUGCGGGGCAAUGUGAAUGAUAACAUGGCUGAUAUCACUGGGCCUGUGAAGUAUGACGAUUGUACUCCGACAAGAAAUGGGGAUGAGGCCAGGGAGAUGACCCCGGAGAGCCUUGCAGUUGCGAAUGAUUAUCGGCAGAAGCUUGGUAAUCCCGGCGCGCUUGGGUUGCUCGCCUUUGGCACAACCACCCUCUUGGUUAAUACGUCCACUGCGAAGCUAUUCGCGAUGAACACAACGACGGCAGGAGUUGUCAUAAUGUACGGCGGUCUCACGCAACUGAUUGCGGGCGUCAUGGAAUUUGUUCGUGGCAACACGUUUGGCUGUACGAUUUCCACUAGCUUUGGUGCCUUUUGGCUGGCGACGGCUAUGGCGUGGAUUUUACCGCAGAAGAACGCGGGCACG